UUCAAGAUGGGAGCAGGAACUUCAGUUGUAAAAGCAACAGCUCGUCAUCAAGCUAUUGAAAAAAUAAAUACUAAAGCGAAUAAAAAAACCAAAACUUCAACUCCAGCCGUUGAUAAAAACAAAACUUCAACUCCAGUCGUUGAAAAAAACAAAACUUCAAAUCCAGCCGUUGAAGAAACAAAAACUUCCACUCCAGCCGUUGAAGAAACAAAAACUUCAACUCCAGCCGUUGUGGAAACAACAGCUCCAAAUCAUGCCAUACAGGAAAAAGCUGGAGCUAAUCAAGCCGUUGAAAAAGCAACACAUCAACUAAGUUUUAUGGACGAAAUGAAUUUAAAUCGAACUCUUCCUAAACAAUCCCAAAACAUUAGGGGAAAAGAAGACGCAAAUGGUCUUCAAGAUCACAGCGGAAUUAGAAACACACCAAAACCAUUGGUAUCCAGUGAUUCAAACACGAUUUUACCUUCUAUAAUUUUAGGAAAUUUAAUUUCUUCGGAACCAAGCAUAUAUAAAGAAGGCAAAAUUUUUGUUGGCAGAAUCUUAUUAACUCAGUAUGCCUCGUUUCAGUUUCUGCAAACGCACUUGAAAUAUUUGCAAGAUCUGGCAAAAGAAGAUCAAUGCGAAAUUAACCUUUGCCCUGAUAAAAUACAAGUAAAGUUAAACUUGUCAGAUAGAAUUACCGCUAAAGAAGUCAGGGCUUUCAUUGAUAAAGCGAUGUUGAAGAUUGCCAAUUUUUUAAGCCAAUUUAUUGUUUUAAAAUUUGAAAUGGACGGUUCUAGGUUAUCAGAUUUUAAGUCAUUUAGUAAAGGUAAAAUGUCCAACAUUUUUGUAGACUAUGAAACGAACGAAGUUCUGGCAAUUAGUACAAAAACGUUCAAAGAUUUGGAAAACAACCUAAAUGAGUUGUACACUCGCUAUCUCGACAGAGGCGUAGCUGAAACAAAUGUUGAAGUAUUCAGAGCAUUCAGUCCACGAUUCAAUACAAAUCAAUCAGCAAUGAUAAACAAAACAUCUUCAAGCAGAAGUGAAAUUGUAUUUUCCAGCGGAAAGCACAUCUUUGUAAGAAGAUUUUUGAUGAAAGAAUUCUAUGCGAACACAAAGAUCAAUCGAGAUGCCAAGUUUAAACUGUAUAUAGAUAGGUGUAUCAUCAGAGGGACACAAGAAGCCAUUAAAAGAUUUGAAGAAUACUUUAAUAGUUUACUGACAAAAAUAAACGUCUCAGAAGUUCAAGUCAAGUUUUUUGGAAUACAAGAAUUCCUCCGAAGUUAUGAGGGCCAAAACUUGUUAAAAAGUAUUGAGAAUGGCAACAGAUGUAUCAUACAGUUGAAGUCUGAUGCAGAUAAAAAAGUAGAGUCGCUAACAUCAGUAUCAAACCAAAAAACAUCUUCAGUAGGUAAGAUGAACUGAAAAAACAAACAUAGGCA